AUGGUCCAGUCACUCAAGCAAGUCCUUGCCGUCCUCGGCGCAAUCGCCUUUGUCGGCCCCUCGGCAGUCAACGCUUUGGGCUGUUACACUUCCGGCGAGACCUAUGCCUCUGUAGGCUCGGAUGCCGACAUCAAAUCCGCAGCCAGCUCAGCCUGCGACGCCAUGGCCGGAUCCUAUGAAGCUGGUGGCAGUAAAUCGCAAUGCAGUACCAUUGGCAGUAACCGUGUCAACUGGUCUGUAAAAAAUAACGCCGGUAACGAGCUGACACUCUCGUCGGCGGACUGCCUGGCUGCCAUGACCAUCGAGAUCAAUGCCUGCUCCAUGGGCAGUGUCCAAAAUCACGGCAGCUUCCAGUACCAGGAUGACCCCAAUGCUGGAACAUGCUAA